CAUUUCCUUCACAGUUCACACACUCAUUUUCUCCAAGUUUAGUCGCUAGAAUCAUUUUCUAAGUUAAAUUCUCUACGAAAUGAGAGAAAUUCUUCAUGUUCAAGCUGGACAAUGCGGUAACCAAAUCGGUGGGAAAUUUUGGGAGGUUGUUUGCGACGAGCAUGGCAUCGAUGCCACGGGGAAAUACGUUGGUGACAGUCAUGUACAACUAGAAAGAGUCAAUGUGUACUAUAACGAGGCUAGUGGCGGUAGAUAUGUACCGAGGGCCGUGUUAGUGGACCUAGAGCCCGGUACUAUGGACAGUCUACGUACAGGGCCUUGUGGUAACAUUUUUAGGCCUGAUAAUUUUAUUUUUGGCCAAAAUGGUGCCGGAAACAAUUGGGCUAAAGGUCAUUACACCGAAGGUGCCGAGCUAAUUGACUCGGUUCUUGAUGUUGUUCGUAAAGAGGCUGAGAAUUGUGAUUGUUUGCAAGGUUUUCAAAUAUGUCACUCGCUUGGAGGUGGAACCGGAUCCGGUAUGGGUACCUUGUUGAUAUCCAAGAUCCGUGAAGAAUAUCCGGAUCGAAUGAUGUUAACCUUUUCGGUUUUUCCUUCACCUAAAGUGUCGGAUACGGUUGUUGAGCCUUACAAUGCCACUCUUUCCGUCCACCAACUUGUGGAAAACGCUGAUGAGUGCAUGGUUCUUGAUAACGAAGCAUUGUACGAUAUAUGCUUCCGUACACUGAAGCUCACAAACCCCAGUUUUGGAGACUUGAACCACUUGAUUUCAACAACUAUGAGUGGUGUCACCUGCUGUCUCCGGUUUCCGGGGCAACUUAACUCUGACCUCCGAAAACUAGCCGUGAAUCUCAUCCCAUUCCCCCGCCUGCAUUUCUUCAUGGUUGGGUUUGCGCCGUUAACCUCUAGAGGAUCACAGCAAUAUCGUGCCUUAACAAUCCCGGAACUUACUCAACAAAUGUGGGAUGCAAAAAACAUGAUGUGUGCUGCCGACCCUCGCCACGGGCGUUACCUCACCGCCUCGGCCAUGUUCCGUGGCAAAAUGUCAACCAAAGAAGUUGAUGAACAAAUGAUUAAUGUACAAAACAAGAACUCUUCUUACUUUGUUGAGUGGAUCCCCAACAACGUGAAAUCCAGUGUGUGUGAUAUCCCACCAACGGGGCUCUCAAUGUCAUCGACAUUUAUGGGUAAUUCUACAUCGAUUCAAGAAAUGUUUAGACGGGUUUCUGAGCAGUUUACAGUUAUGUUUAGGAGGAAGGCUUUCUUGCAUUGGUAUACAGGGGAAGGAAUGGAUGAAAUGGAGUUCACCGAGGCCGAAAGUAACAUGAAUGAUUUGGUGUCUGAAUAUCAACAGUAUCAAGAUGCUGUGGCUGAUGAUGAUGUUGAAGAAGAUGAAUAUGAUGAAGACGUUGAAGAAAACUAAAGUCAACCAAAUGAAAGUCAAAAGUAAAAGUCAAAGGUGUUUAGUAUUCUAAAGAGGGUUAAUUUGUGAGUGUAUUUUGGGUAUUUCCAAUGUUAUUGUUGUAUGAUUCCAUUGUUUAUUGCCAAGAAAGUAUUCCACUUUCAUACCUUUUACCUUGAA